AUGUUGACAAUAAGUCAGGUUCUUAUAGCUUUGGUUAUAUUUCUUCUAAUUAUGCAGUUUUUUAAGUUGCAACGAGUACGGAGACAGCUUCCUCCUGGACCAAUUCCUCUCCCAGUUUUUGGGACCUUGAUACAAAUGAACUUUCAGUUUAAUCGUGAUCUCCUCAUGAAGCUGGCAAAAAUUCAUGGCAACAUAUUCACCUUAUGGUUUGGAUGGGCCCCAGUAGUCAUACUGAAUGGAUUUCAAGCAGUUAAAGACGGUAUGACCAUGCACCCUGAAGAUGUCUCUGGGCGGUUGGUGUCUCCUUUCUUCAGAGCAAUGGCCAAAGGAAAAGGGAUUAUGUUGGCAACUGGUCACACCUGGAAGCAGCAGAGAAGGUUUGCACUGAGGACUCUACGCAGCCUUGGUCUGGGGAAAAGAGGUCUGGAGCAUCGAGUUCAAGAAGAGGCCCAGUACCUGGUAGACUUCUUUGCAAGUAUGAAAGGGAAACCCCUGGAUCCUUCUUUCCCUCUUGUUCAUUCUGUCUCAAAUGUCAUUUGUGCUGUUGUUUACGGACAUCGCUUCUCCAGGGAGGAUGAAACCUUCCAUGAACUGAUUAGAGCCACAGAGCAUCUAUUCAAAUUUGGAGGCAGCUUUGUUCAUCGUCUCUACGAGAUCUUCCCCUGGCUGAUGUGCCGUCUCCCUGGUCCUCAUAAGAAGGCGUUGUCUUGCUAUGAUGUCCUGAGCUCUUUUACAAGGAGAGAGAUAAGAAUGCACACGGAGCGUGGGAUACCAGACGAACUGCAGGAUUUCAUUGACUUUUACCUGGCUCACAUUGAAAAAGCCAGAGAUGAACCCAGGUCUACAUACAAUGAAGACAACAUGAUUUAUUCUAUAAAUGACCUUUUCUUGGGUGGAUCGGAGACAAGCAGCACUACUUUGAACUGGGGCCUGCUCUAUAUGGUGGCAAAUCCGGACAUUCAAGAGAAAGUGCAGAAGGAGCUGGACGCCGUUCUGGGUCCUUCCCAGCUAAUCUGUUAUGAGGAUCGGAGGAAACUGCCCUACACAAAUGCUGUAGUUCAUGAGGUUCAGCGCUUCAGCAACAUUAUCUCGGUUGGCAUGCCCAGAGUGUGCGUGAGGAACACGACGUUGCUCGGCUUUCCCCUCAAAAAGGGAACCAUAGUUUUUCCAAGUAUUGCUUCAUCGUUGUAUGACCCAGAGCAGUGGGAAACACCUCGACAGUUCAACCCCGGUCACUUCUUGGAUAAGGAUGGAAACUUUGUGAGCAAAGAAGCCUUUUUACCAUUCUCAAUAGGGCACCGUGUGUGUUUGGGAGAGCAUCUAGCGAGGACUGAGCUCUUCAUUUUCUUUGCCAGCCUGCUGCGGGCAUUCACCUUCCGGCUCCCUGCGGGGGUCACGAGGAUCAACACAGAGCCCGUUUUGGGGGGUACGCUGCAGCCUCACCCGUACCGGGUUUGUGCCAUUCCACGCUAG